AUGGCCACCACAUCCAAACUACCUAGCUUGAUCAGACUGGCAACCACCAAGCAACGAAACCUACUCACUCGAUCAAUCACCACCAACAACCAGCAUGUCCCAACAAAACAGCCAACUCCAUCCGAUCAUUUCUUCGUUCCUCAAUCCUCCUCCUCCUCCUCAUCAUCAUCAUCCAAUCAGACAAACUCACAGCAAGCAGCAGUCGAUACCAUACCAGACCUCAUCCUACGCGAUCCCCUGAUUAGCUCUCGUGGAUCCAAACAAGCUCAGAAGCAAGAGAAGGUCGGAAGACCAAUCUAUCUAGACAUGCAGGCAACCACACCACUCGAUCCACGCGUCUUGGACGCCAUGAUGCCGUACAUGACCAACCAAUACGGGAACCCUCAUUCGAAGACACACGCCUACGGCUGGGAGACGGAGAAGGCAGUCGAGACUGCCCGGGCGCAUGUGGCCGAUCUCAUUGGUGCUAGCACAAAGGAUAUCAUCUUCACCUCCGGGGCGACUGAAACAAAUAAUAUGGCGAUCAAGGGCGUCAGCAGGUUCUAUAAGGAACGCAAACGGCAUAUCAUCACUACCCAGACCGAACACAAAUGCGUCCUCGAUUCUUGCAGGGUUCUUCAAGACGAAGGCUUUGAUGUAACCUACCUACCCGUCAAAAGUAAUGGUCUAAUUGACUUACAGCAACUAGAAGAUUCGAUCCGUCCGGACACCGUCCUAGUCUCGAUCAUGGCGGUGAACAACGAGAUCGGGAUCAUCCAGCCGAUGCGCGAGAUCGGGGCGAUUGUCCGGCGACACCGGGGGGUAUUCUUGCACACAGAUGCCGCCCAAGCGGUCGGAAAGAUCCCGAUGGAUGUGGAAGAGAUGCAGAUCGAUCUGUUGAGCAUGAGCUCCCACAAGAUCUACGGGCCCAAAGGGAUUGGCGCCGCCUAUGUCCGAAGACGUCCCAGGGUCAGACUCGAGCCUCUCAUCAGUGGCGGCGGUCAGGAGAGAGGCCUUCGUUCGGGUACCGUGCCUGCGCCGCUCGUCGUCGGCUUUGGCGAGGCUUGUAGACUGGCCAAGUUGGAACUCCAAAACGAUUGUGAACAUGUCUCAAGGCUAUCACGAAGGCUACACGACAAGAUCACCCAAAGCUGCACCCACAUUGUCCGGAAUGGAGAUGGGAGGUUAGGCUAUCCGGGCUGUCUGAACCUAUCCUUCGAAUACAUCGAGGGAGAGUCGUUAUUGAUGGCCUUGAAGGAUGUCGCCCUGAGUUCGGGAAGUGCCUGCACAUCGGCCUCGUUGGAGCCCAGCUAUGUGCUCAGAGCACUCGGAGCGAGCGACGAGAACGCUCAUAGCUCGUUGCGCUUCGGCAUCGGUCGGUUCACCACCGAACAGGAGGUCGACUAUGUGGCUCAUAAAAUCCUCAAUGUCGUCUCUCGUCUGCGUGAAUUGAGUCCGCUUUGGGAAAUGGUCCAAGAGGGCAUCGACUUAAAAUCUAUCAAUUGGUCUCAGCAUUGA